AUGUCUACUGAUUCGCUCGAACAGCGACUCUACGAUCUCCUACAGCCUUACCGCGAAGAAUGUUACAAGAACGCUCCCAACACCGUAUCGGCAAUAGAAGAAGAGCGUCUACUCCUCAUCCUCUGUGAGAAUUUAGCCUUCAUCAUUCGCCACAACCAGUCUUCGUACGGCAAAACCAUCGUCCCAAUCGAUAUCUCUAUCGGCUCUCGCAACUGGUCUGCUAUGAUCAAAGGAGGUGGGGGAAUAUCUGGAUUGGGAAUCUUUGUCAAUGGAAAUGGAUACACACACACUGUCAUGCGCUGCUGGGCGAGGAAGGAAGAUGGAAAAGGCGUGAUCGAGAUCCUGACGGAAGAGUGUGAUAGGACGUUGGCGAACUUCUUUCCCGAAGUGAAGAGGGGAGGUGAGGGUGAAGAUUCGAGCUUUUCAGUCUACAAUUUCAGGUGCAACCACGAUGUCUUGGCGUUCUCGUCAUUGGCAGUUGCCAUUAUUCCACGCUUCUCUCUCCUCCCACGACCACCCGUAAGCGGCAAACACCCUUUUGACAUCAACUCAAACAAACUCUCCGGAAUGUCUACGCCUCAGCCUGCGAACGCGCUCGAACAGCGCAUCUACGAUCUCAUGCGCCCGUUCCGUAACGAAUGUUACGAAGCGCCCGACACUGUCGUCGAUCAAGUCGCCGCCGCCCAUCGCGCUAUCAAACUCGAGCGAAGGAUCCUCGCUCUAGCUCAACAUCUCAUUCCUCGCACACAACAACAUCGCCAAAACACCGAACAAACAAUCAACGCGACUGACAUCUUCGUGGUGAUAAGAGAUUGGACAGGAGAUGGAGUGGUAAAAACGGGUGGUGCGAUUGCUGUUCUUGUACGCUAUCCCGAGGGUACUAUGGGCGUUGUCAAGGACACAUUCGACGCUGGUGUCAGUGUUGUUGAUGCGCUAUGUACGAAAGUCGACGAGAUGCUUGCUGCGAGCUUCUAA